GAAGGAAGGAAGGAGGGAGGGAGGGAGGGAGGGAAGGAAGGAAGGAAGGAAGGAAGGAAGGAAGGAAGGGUCUUCCCCCAAGCCCAUCCUUCUGAUUCUCUGUGUGCAGCCCCCGGGUUUGGCCACCGACCUCUCAGGCUGCGUGGAGAGGCUGCAGCAGGCACCUGCUGUGCAACAUCGCAACUGCCUGCCCUUUGGACCUUUGGACUUGGCCCAGGUGGAGAGAGCGUCGUGCAGUCCAGGACACAACCGACGGACUUUGGCCCCUCCACGCUGCAUCAUCGCGGCUGGUGCCCUCCAGCUGUUUCAGAGCAGAGCUCCCUAGAGAUACGGUCAAGGUGGCUACUGCCCGAUGGGGCUGCACCGAGGGUCCUCCUGGGAAGGCCCACGAUGUGGGAGGGGGCCCAGGCAGUGGGGGAGGUGAGACGGAGCUGCAGGCGCCGCUUCCCGCUUGCUCCCUGGCUCUCCCUGGCAGAUGGUGAGCACGGCACAGGGCCCGUUCCGUUUCCCCGGGGCCCGCCAGCCCUGCAGCCAGGCCCUGGGGCUGCCCAGCCUUGCAUGCCCCGGUCCAGUCUCGCUCACUUCGCCCGUGCUUGCACAAACUCCUAUAACCCGUUAAAUGUGCGUGGCGCCUGCGUGCUUGUGCAUCUGAUCUCCUGCCCUGCUCCUCCUCGUUCUCCUGCCUGCAGUGGUUUUCGCCAUCUUGUCCGUGUCCCGGUUCGGUUCGUGUGGAGACUCACUGGCUUGCUUCUCACACGGGCCAAGCCUGUGACGCCGAGUCCCGCUCGAGCCCCUUCCACCGGCUUCUCCUCAGCAGAUAAAUCGGUGUGUGCACAGCAGUGCCCCAGAGCAGUCGGGCUGCAAGGUUAUUUUCAUGAGGCGAAAACGCCGAUGGAGGUGGGGGAAAGGCUUGGCUCGGGGCCAGGAAAGGAAGGGGCAGCAACACAGCAAAACGGAAUGCAUUCGAAGCGCUCAUUGGAUCCCCUCCGAAAAGCGCUUCUCCGCUGGCCCCUGUUGUUCGUAUCUGCAAUUCUGUACAUACUGAAUCGUAUGGAAUCUGAGAUCAGGUGAAGAAUUUGGAUCCCUGAGUGCCUUGGCAUAUCUUUUCCACUUAAAGCAAACUCUUAGCACCCAAGAUUGUAGUUAGGAAACCAUUUCAAAUUCCCAGCUGCUGGCAUGGAGUUUGUAGGGGCUGUAGAUUUUUGCCGGUGUGGUCAUAAACGGGUUACUUGUUCACAAACCAAGUGUGACUGCACAAAUUCCUUUUCCAACUUGAUACAAACCAUGAUUUCUUCUUUCUUCAGCUCCCACACUCUGCUACUCAAUUAUGUCUUUUCUGGCCAACGCACUCCUAAUCCCCAGUCAGAAAAUCUCAAAUAGAGAGUUAGGAUAAACAGACCUGGGCAUGUUUGUGCUUAUGCACCGAGCAUAUUUGUAUUGCGUGCCUUGGUAUGAGCUGUGGUUUGCCACAAGGUGUGAGGGGUGAUUUUGGGCAUUUUUGUGUGUGCUGGUUUCUCUUUAGAGACUCUCAGAAAAAAUGCCUCAAUUCCCUUGUUUUGAAGACGUGUAAUCAUAGCAGGAUUAGAAAGAAGGAAGAAGUGAUGCUGAAAAGAGUGAGAUGGGGUAAAAACCAGAAGUACCUCUGCUGUUAAUAGUUAUUUACUUCAUUAUUACCCUGUCAAAUCAGGAAAAGGGGAACAGGAGGGAAAUGUGGGGAAAGCAAUCCCGGGUACCAGUUCUGAAAAUUAGUUAUCACAACCAAAUGAAAUCAACAGCUGCAAUGUUUGGAACAAUCCUCCAGUUGGAAUCCUUAUUGGAACUAAGCCAAAGUGUAACUUUGGCCUUAUUAAUCUUGUAUCUUAUUAAUGUAAUAAACCUUGCUUUGGAAGGCACAUGGUCCUAAAAAGUGGCUUGCUUAUACAUCCCUUCAUAAUUUUUUGCCCUUAAAGGCAGCUUUAAAAUGUAUAAAAUAAAAUUUUCUUCCCCUUCCACUUUCCACACCACCAGCUCUUCAUGACUCCUGCCAUACUGCUGAAUGUCGGCAGUGGCUCACGCAGAAAAAUCAGUGGUUUCACUGGCAAACCACAAUGGAGGAUUUAAAGAGACAGAACCCACACGAAUCCUGGAAGCCACAAAGCGAUGGGCAUCUGGGGGAAAGCGUGGGGCCAGAAGAGGGGGCAUUGUCCUCUGGGGAACCCCAGCAGGCCCGAUUUGGCCCGCGGGCCUGCAGUUCAGCACCCCAGUAGGUAAGACUGCCCUGUGCAAGCCCUUUCAGUGGACAGAGUGAAAAGCGAAACGUCCCAGGCCGCAUCCAGAGAUGCGGUUUGAGGUGCAUCCAUGGAUCUUUGCCAGUCAUGUGGACAUUCUCCAGGUUCAGCUGGGGAAGCUUCUGCAUGAGAUGCUUGGUCUGAUGUUUGGGGACAGGAGCGUCUGCAUGUUCUUGUGAUCCUCUGAGGUGCCACCAGUGGUCCAGGGACGGAAAGCAGGCAUGAGCGGGUGUGACUGCCGGGGCGUGGAUGCGGCUUCGGCAAGCGCACAGCUUCCAUGAGGUUCCACAGGCAGUCGGGAUGCGAGCAGUCAUGGAAAGUCGUGCUGGUUUGCUCCGCCAGGGCCGGCCCUUUCCAUGGGGAUGGACUUUGCAAAAUCAAACCAAGCGUCACACACACAAACUCACACCGACCGUAUCUGUAGGCAGCUCCCUGACCUGCUUUGAUACCAAGGAAGAGUUCAUGUUAUGCCGUUCAUGUGAUAAUUCCAGUAUUUGUCUUAUAAUCCAUGAGAGUCGUCAUGAAGUCCUCACAGGAGCAGUUUAUCAUGAACUCUCCCUCAGCUUUUCACGUGAGCCGGAUCCUUCUGGGGGGAGAGGGAGGAUGGCUUGCUUCCCCUUUUCUUAGCCUGAGUGCCCAAGUUCUAACAUAGUUCCAUAUCUUUUAGGAGCACCUUCUGUGCGAUCAUUGCUCAGCUGACUGAAGAAACCCAACCACUCUUCGAAACCACGCUGAAAUCGUAUGCUGUGUCGGAGAACGCGGACGCCAGAUUCAUGUGCAUUGUGACGGGAUACCCGCAGCCGGAGGUGACGUGGUAUAAAGACGAAGAAGAGAUGGACCGUUACUGCGGCCUGCCGAAGUACGAGAUCUUCCGCCACGGGAAUCGCCACACGCUGCAGUUGUACAAGUGCAAGGAGGAGGACGCCGCCAUUUACCAGGCCUCGGCCCGCAACAGCAAGGGGAUCGUGUCCUGCUCCGGCGUCCUGGAGGUGGGGACCAUGACGGAGUACAGGAUCCACCAGCGGUGGUUCGCCAGGCUCAAGCGGAACGCGGAGGCCAAGCUGCGGGAGAUCGAGCAGAGCAGGAAGCGGGGAAAGGAGAACGUGGAGGUGGAGCUGCUGAGGAGGGUGAGCCCGGACCGGUUCCAGAGGAAGCGGCGGCUGACCGGGGAGGUGGGCAUGCGCUCGGGCACCUCCCUGUGGGACAGGGAAGAGGUGGCCAAGGUGCGUGUCCCGGAAGGGAAGCCUCGGUUUGGCGAGGACGAGAAGCCAAAGAGCAAGGAGCCUGCGCUUCGUGCCAGCACAGCCCUGCUCUCGAAGAACUUCAUAACGGGACAGCUGGAGGCGGACAUGGCCACCAACGGGGACUCUUCGCUCCAGAGCGGGGAGGAGAAUGGGGAGGAGGACGCCAACGGCUUCCUGUCGUACAUCUAUGAAACUGUGGAGAAGAUGAAAACCAAGCCCACAACCAAGGACUUUGCUGCUAAGAAGAAGAAGAAGGAGGAGGGCGCUGCCGCCGUGCCAAAAGCAAGCAAGGAUGCUUCCCGACAAGAGGACGGGACCCGGCCCAGGAGAAACAUCUCUCCGCAGAAAGAGGCCAAGCCCGUCCCCUCGCCUAGAAAGAUCUCACCGGCGGCAAAGAAGGAACACCUUAAGGAAGCCGAGCCCAAGGAAUCUCCUAGCCGGGUAGCCAAAAAACCGGCGCCCUUGCCACGUUCUGCACCUUCUAACACGGGAACUGCUGAUGUGUACUUUUCUCUGAAAGAGAUGUAUUUUGAGAAUGAAGCGAAGCCUGAAGUAGGGUGGAAGGCACCCGAAGCGAAAGCAGGCGAAGCUGAUACAGGCCGCCCGGGGGUUGAUGCCUCCGCUUCAGUAGCAACUGUCCCAGAAACCAGUCUGGGCUUGAAAGGGGCGAAAACAGAGCCAGGGAAGCAGAGAUCCCACGAGGAGCGGAAGGCCCCAGCGGCAGGCCCCAGCGGCAGGGGUGCCAAAGCAGUCGCUGUCGACACAGCGGCGCACUCGAGCACACCUUUGGGGCCGCAUCCUGAGCAGGCCGCACAACCUACAGCAGAGUCCCUUCAGUCCGACGAACGCGCUGCAGAAAUGGAUGCUCAGCCCGUCGGCCAGGCCUCGGAGACCGACCUCGGCUCGCGAGAGGAUGGACGGGGGACGGCGGGGCUCAUCCGCGAGACGGACCUGCCGGAGGAUCUCCCCGCCGCAGCCGAGCCUGCCCAGCAGCCCCAGGAGACGACUCCAGAUUCAAGUCUUCGAGAAGAAACAAACCAGGAAACUGGCUAUUUUGCCUUAAAUAAAGGUGUCCCUGGAACGGCAGAGACCAAACGGCCCGAGGAACAGAUUGGCUCCAGCCCAGAGAGCCAAGAGCUAAGUGAGGAAGACAACCAGGAUGCCCCACGGGCUCCCCAGGCACCUCCAGCCUUUGAUCCUACACCACCAACCAGGAAGAAGCAUUUGCGUUUGAAAGAAGAUGUGGGGAGGCCUCCCUCCAGCACUGGCAGCAGCCCAGCUCCCAACCUUGGGAGGGCGGAGUUAGUCGCUCCCAGAUUAGCAUAUCGGGAGGCAAAUAAUGAGGCUGGACCUGAAGCCCAGGUGGAUGGACUUGCCUGGCAGGAGGAAGCAGAGAGCCUGGGGAAGCAGGAGGAAAUGCUCCCGGGGCACAAGAGCCCUGGUCUGAAAAUGGAUCGGGAGUGCGAGGAUGUGAGGCCUCCAGCUGCCGCAGCCAGACCGUUCCUGCCCCCAGAAUGUGCCGCAGACACCCCGGUUCCCCCCCGAGGCGUCUCAGAGGAGCCUGGCGGGAUUCUAGCGGCAGCGAGUCCUCCCGCUGGCCGGAAAACCCAAGAAGCAGCUCCGCUUCCUCCAGAGGAGGGCAGCCUGAUGGAGGGGACGCAGUCUGUGGCCCAUUUGCUGAGGGAAGUCAAGGGAGAAAUGGAAACCCAGUUGCCAGCUCAGCCGGCACCGCCUGAAUCCGAGCAACAAGGCCCCAGUGCUGCGGGCGAGCAGCUGCACGUCACGGAAGGGCCCCCAGUCCCGCCAAGGAGCAAGGGGAAGGCGGAGGAGGGCUUCCUUCUCGGCAAGAAGCCAGAGGUCAGGGCUGCGGAACCGGAGAAAACGGGCCCCAAGGCUCCUGGGACACAGGACUCGCCCCAGCUGGAGACCGCCAUGGAAGAGGAGCAAGCCGAAGACAAGGCCCAGCACAGCGACCUUGUCUCCUCGUUGAAGAAUUACUUGCUUCUGCUCUUGAAGUUGAGCACAGAGCAGGAUAACGGCAAGGGCAGCCCCAAACGGGAGGCGAAAGCUGUGGAGGGAAGGAGUCCACCGACUGCUAUUCCGAGGCACCUGCCUGAUGUGGGCAUCGCUGGGCUGACCCCCAGAACGUCACGGAAGAUCUUUGAGCGCGUCGAGACAAACCAGCUCUUCCAGAGUGCCGAGAGCGUGCAGCUGACUCCCAAGACGUCCAGGAGGCUCACGGGGAUGAUCAACCGGGAGAUGAUGCUGUGCCAGGAGGGCCUGCUGGCCGACCCGGAGGCCCCUGCGUUGCCCUGCAUACCCUCAAUCGUGGUGGGGGGCGUUCCCGGAGAGCCAGCGGGGCUCCCAGAGCUGUCUCCAGAGACGUCCAGCGAGGCGGUGGGGGCCCUGCCGAGCGCCACCCCGCAAGAGCUGGCGUCCGGGGCGCGGCGAAAAAUCUUCCUGCCCAAAGCUAAGCAGGCCGAGGAAGCGGAAGGGGCCGAGGGCCACGCACGGCCCAAGAGGGACAGCCCCAGCGUGUCCCCGCAGCAGGGCCGCAGGAAUGCAGCGCUCCUGCAGACCUCGACCCCGGGCUCUCCUCCUGCGGAGAAGCGCUCGCCGACGCUCGCCAGGAAGAUGGCCAUGCUGGAGGUGCCCAAGAUGUACGAGGAGCCCGCGGAAGAAAGCCCGACCGCGGCAGACCUUUCCCUGGCCGCCCCGGAGGGUCUGGAAGAGCCUGCGCUAGAAGUCCAAGCCACGGAACCCCGCAAGGCAAACGACCCGUUUAAAGCCCCACAGGUGAUCCGCAAGAUCCGAGCCGAGCAGUUUUCCGAUGCCUCCGGGAACCUGAAGCUCUGGUGCCAGUUCUUCAAUAUUCUGAGCGACUCGAAGCUGACCUGGUACAAGGAUGAGGUCCCCGUGGCCAGUGCCAGAAGGAGCUCUGGGGACGAGGGGCAGGCCGCCCUGGCCAUCGUGCAGGUCUCCCUGAAGGACCGCGGCGUGUACCAGUGCACGAUCCAGAACGAGUACGGCACCGACUCCACGGACUUCCUGCUGAGUGCCGAAGUGCUUUCGGGAUUUAUCUCCAAAGAAGAAACAGAAGCCGGAGAGGAGAUCGAGAUGACGCCCAUGGUGUUCGCCAAAGGCUUGGCCGACUCCGGGUUCUGGGGGGACAAGCUCUUUGGGCGGAUCAUGGUGGCGGACCUGGCGGUGGGCCAGGGCUUCCUGCACAAGGCUUGCCGCGCCCGGGCCAUCUACGGCCUGGAGCCCGUCUUCGAGUCCGGCCUCACGGGCAUCAUCAAGAUCCGCAACCUCAUCGCCUUUGGGGGGCGCAGCGAGAGCACCCUGGUGGAGAGGAACUACGAGAUCACCAUCCAGGAGUGCAAGAUCCAGAACUCGAGCCGGGAGUACUGCAAGAUCUUCGCUGCGGAGGCCCGAGCCAUCCCGGCCUUCGGGCCGGUGCCCGAAAUCAUCCCGCUGUACCUGAUCUACCGCCCGGCCAACAACAUCCCGUACGCCACCAUGGAGGAGGACCUUCCGGGCCAGUUUGAGCGCUACUGCGGGCGGGAGGCCCCGGCCGGCUCCUCCGAGGUCGGGCAGAAAUGCUGCGCCUUCCAGCACUGGCUCUACCAGUGGACGAACGGAAACAUCCUGGUGACCGACCUGGAAGGUGUCGGGUGGAAGGUCACCAACGUGCGGAUCGCCACCAAAACAAAGGGGUACCAGGGCCUGAAGGAGAACUGCUGCCCCAGCUCGCUAGAGCAGUUUGUGCUCUCGCACCAGUGCAACCGCUACUGCGAGCUGCUGGCCCUGAAGAACCUCGAGCCCCCUCAGCCGCCCCCCAAAGGCAAGGGCUCCCGCAGCCCCGUCACGGCCCGGAAGGCCCCCUCGGCCCAGUCCAGCCCCCAGCUCCAGAAGAAGGGCCCGGUCAGCCCGCAGGCCGCCCGGAAAGGCUCCGUGAGCCCCAAGAGCGCCCGGAGGGGCCCCGACAGCGCGGCAGAACCGAGGGCCAGAGGCGGGGACAGCGGCAGGGCCGGCCGGCCACAGUGA